CUGCAUGAUGGUCAACAUUUGUCGUAUCGCUGCUGCGUUGUCAUGGAGAUUUAAUUUGUUUCUCUAUUUUUGAACAUAACUUUCGUCUCAAUCGGAACCAAGAAUGGCUUUGUACGGAGAUGCUGGCAUUGUAGAUGCUCAUGAUGAAAUCUCUCCAAAAAGACGUUUGCGCCGUAUACCAGAAGCUGAUGAGGAGGAGGAGGAGGAAAUCGAUUUAGCUAGACCUUUGGGCAUUAUACCAGUGCUUGACUAUGGACCUCGCAUGGAUGCAAUUAAGAGAAAACCAGCUAAGAAAUAUCCCACGAUGCAAGAGCUUGAAAAACUUGAUAAAAAGCCGCUUCCUAAGGGAAGGAAAUUGGCAGCACUUCGCCCUUUGGUUGCUGAGACGCCGUCAAUGAUGUUGAGAGGUUAUUUGUCUAGCUCCAGAGUUGGAAUGUUGGAAAGAGACUGUCUCCAGAGUUGGAAUGUUGGAGACACUGCUUGACACGUCCAUGUUCAUGGCCGGCCAGCCGAGAAAGAGCAUGAAUUGAGCGGGAACGUUUAGAUGUUGAAUUCCACGCAUGCACAUGGGACUCUUCCAGUGUUCCUUCCGGAACUAUUCCCUGCGCAUGCGUAGAUGAAAACGCAGUAAUGGCGACUGUACCUUGGCACCAAAUGACGUCACUACACACGUAUACAUACAUACCGGAUGAAAUUAACUCUUUUUACCUCGCAUGCUUUUCCAUUUA